CUACUUCAGGAAAAAAGAAACUGUCUCCUGAUGCAGCUGGAAGAAGCCACCUGCCUAAUGUCCUAUCUCCAGUCCGAGUUACAAAGCCUGUCCGCCAGCACCCUGACCGUCUCCUCGGGGAGCAGCCGCGGCUCCCUGGCCUCGAGCCGGGGCUCCCCGAGCUCCGUCAGCUUCACCGACAUCUACGGCCUCCCGCAGUACGAGAAGCCCGACGCCGAGGGCGGCCCGCUCCUGCGCUUCGACCUCGUCCCCUUCGACUCCCUGGGCCGGGACGUCCCCUUGGCGGACGCCCCGGGCCCCACAGACCUCCACAAACAGAGGCGCUCCCUGGACACGCCACAGUCCCUGGCGUCCCUGUCCUCGCGCUCCUCGCUGUCCUCGCUGUACCCACCCAGCUCGCCCUUGGACACGCCCUUCCUCCCGGCCUCGCGAGACUCGCCCCUGGCCCAGCUCGGGGACGCCUUCGAGGUGGCGGGCCUGGGCCCCCUGGACAGGCUGCGUGCUCAGGCCUCCGCCGUGGGGGACGAGGACCCGCCGGGCGCGGCGUCCCUGCCGCCGCACGGGUGCCCCAGGGACGGGGAAGGACCUCGCGAGCGAGGACCCCAAGCCGCUGCCGCUCCCAUGGCUGCAACAGCGACCCCCCGAGAAGACAGCGCCCAGAGGCUGGAGCGGAGAGCGCGCUGCGUGUCCACCUGCCUGUCCGAUUACUCGCUGGCCAGCGACAGCGGCGUGUUUGAACCUCCCACCAAAAGGAGUGAGGAUGCUGACGACCCUGCGCGUGGAGACGCUUCUGGUAACGAGGGCCCCCAGAUCCAUGUUGGAUUUUUGCACGACAGUGCCAGCGAGUGUCUCCUCGUGAACGUGCUCCAACUGAAGAACUUUGCCGGGCUGGUGGUGAAGGAAGACUGCAAAAUACACGUCUGCAUCUGUUUGCCUCUGCUUGACCCCGACACACCAAACACGUUCUGCUCUAAGGCUCUGGAAUUGAAAGCCCCCUUGGCGUUUAAUGAAGUUUUCAGAAUCCCUGUGCAUUCAAACAUGGUGAUGUUGAAGUCCCUUCAGUUAUACAUGUGCUCAGUGAAUCCUCAGUUGCAGGGAGAACUGUUGGGCAUUGGUCAGAUUAACUUGGCAGAUUACGAUGGUUCGAGCGAGAUGCAGCUGCGCUGGUACUCGGUGCAGGUGUUCACCGGCCCCGAGCCCCACCGGCGGGACGACGAGUGGCUGGGACACAACGACUCCCGGGACCCUGUGCCCGCCACCUCUCGGAAGUCAGACGCGGUGACGGUGCUGUUGGCGAGAACCAUGGCCCAGCUGCAGGCGGUGGAGAGAGAGCUGGCUGAGGAGCGGGUGAAGCUGGAGUACACGGAGGAGGAGGUCGUGGAGAUGGAGCGCAGGGCGGAGCAGGCCGAGGCUGUGUCCAAGAGGUGCAUAGGGGUAUUUUCUACUAGGAAAAAGGAGUGCCUUCGUUUAAGUUCUCCUAAUUAUAUUUCUAAAGGUAAUGAUUUAAGGGUCUUAAUAUUUGCAUUAGAAACGCCUACCAUCUGUACCGAGACCCUUUCCAAUGUAGCACAGCGUGUUUGGGAAGAAAAUGCCAAUUCUCGUUUCUUCUCUCAGGCAAAGGUUGAUAAGGAAACCAACACAGAAGAUCUCUUCCCAGAAGAGGUGGCGAGUCUGCCAAAGGAGGGGCCCGGCCGCAGGGCCCGCGGCUCGCCCUUCACGCGGAGCAGCACCAUUGUCCGUUCCCAGACUUUCUCGCCCGGAGCACGAAGCCAGUACGUUUGCAGCCUUUAUCGUAGUGACAGCGACAGUUCAACGCUGUCCCGGAAGUCUCCCUUUGUCUGAAACACUUUGGAAAGACGAACCCUUCGCUAUAAGCAGCCCUGCAGGUCCUCCCUGGCGGCGCUGGCGGCGCGCACGUCCCUGGACCUGGAGCUGGACCUGCAGGCGACGCGGACGCGGCAGCGGCAACUGAACGAGGAGCUGUGCGCCCUGCGCGAGCUGCGCCAGCGCCUGGAGGACGCCCAGCUCCGCGGCCACGCCGAGCCCCUGGCCUGGCUGCUGCGCAACGAGCGCUUCCGGAGCCUGCUGCGGGAGGCCGAGAGGCAGAGGAGACAGACCAAACUUGACUUCCAUCAAGAACAGGCAGCUGAGAAGAUGCUGAAGAAGGCCUCCAAAGGGGUGUGCCAGCUGCGCAGGCAGAACUUCAAAGAGCCCAUCCAGGUGCAGGCGUUCAGGUGGGGAGAAAAGAUAACAUUUUUCACGAGACCAAGGACCAACAUACCUCCGCUGCUGGUUGAUGAUAUUUGA